GCGCGCGCCGUGCCGGCCGUCGCCGCGGUGACUGUCCUCGGAGUCCGUCGGCUCGCGCCCCGCCCCCGUUCCUGCUGCCCCCCUCCCCUGUCGCUGGUGGGGAGUGUUUCUCGCUCCUCCCGGUUGCUGCCGCCGUCGCCGCCGCUCCUCCUCUCCCAGUCUUGGGUUUCCCUGGCGCUACUGCCGCCACUGCCUCUGCGGUCUGUAUGAGGAGGAGGAGGAUGUGAAGAUGGCGGAGCUGCAGAUGCUGCUGGAGGAGGAAAUCCCGGGGGGCCGCCGGGCCCUCUUCGACAGUUACACGAAUCUGGAACGGGUGGCCGAUUACUGCGAGAACAACUACAUCCAGUCAGCAGAUAAGCAGCGAGCCCUAGAAGAAACCAAAGCCUACACCACCCAGUCCUUAGCAAGUGUUGCCUAUCUGAUAAAUACCUUGGCCAACAAUGUCCUGCAGAUGCUGGAUAUCCAGGCGUCCCAACUUCGAAGGAUGGAGUCUUCAAUCAAUCAUAUUUCACAAACCGUUGAUAUUCAUAAAGAGAAAGUUGCAAGAAGAGAAAUUGGUAUUUUGACUACCAAUAAAAACACUUCAAGGACACAUAAGAUUAUUGCUCCAGCCAACCUUGAACGACCAGUUCGUUAUAUUAGAAAACCUAUUGACUAUACAAUUCUAGAUGAUAUUGGACAUGGAGUAAAGUGGUUGCUUAGAUUUAAGGUGAGUACCCAGAAUAUGAAGAUGGGUGGGCUCCCGCGUACAACACCUCCAACUCAGAAACCCCCCAGUCCCCCUAUGUCAGGGAAAGGGACGCUUGGGCGGCACUCCCCCUAUCGCACACUGGAGCCAGUGCGCCCUCCAGUGGUACCAAAUGAUUACGUACCUAGCCCAGCCCGUACUAUGGCUCCCUCGCAGCAGAGCCCUGUGAGGACAGCUUCUGUGAAUCAAAGAAAUCGAACUUACAGCAGCAGUGGGAGUAGCGGAGGAAGCCAUCCUAGUAGUCGGAGCAGCAGUCGGGAGAACAGUGGAAGUGGGAGUGUGGGAGUCCCCAUUGCUGUUCCUACGCCUUCUCCUCCCAGUGUCUUUCCAGCCCCCGCUGGCUCUGCUGGUGCUCCUCCCCUUCCCGCCACUUCUGCCCCUGCCCCUCUUCCUGCUACUGUCCCUCCUGCCUCUGCCCCAGACACUGCCGCUGCGGGUGCCCAGACCCUUGCUGAUGGCUUCACUUCUCCAACUCCCCCUGUUGUUUCUUCCACUCCCCCUACAGGUCAUCCUGUUCAGUUCUACAGCAUGAAUAGACCUGCCACUCGCCAUACUCCCCCAACAAUAGGGGGCUCUUUGCCCUAUAGGCGCCCUCCUUCCAUAACUUCACAAACAAGCCUUCAGAAUCAGAUGAACGGAGGACCUUUUUAUAGCCAGAACCCAGUAUCUCUUGCUCCUCCUCCUCCCUCCAUCCUACAGGUAACUCCUCAGUUACCUUUAAUGGGAUUUGUGGCCAGAGUCCAAGAAAAUAUUUCAGAUGCACCACCUCCACCACCACCUGUGGAAGAACCAGUCUUUGAUGAGUCCCCACCACCACCUCCUCCUCCAGAAGAUUACGAAGAGGAAGAGGCAGCCGUGGUUGAGUAUAGUGAUCCUUAUGCUGAAGAGGACCCACCGUGGGCUCCAAGGUCUUACUUGGAAAAGGUUGUGGCAAUUUAUGAUUAUACAAAAGACAAGGAAGAUGAGCUGUCCUUUCAGGAAGGAGCCAUUAUUUAUGUCAUCAAGAAGAAUGACGAUGUAAAUAGUGCCCACAGCUCACACCUACAGAAGCCCAGAAGACAAUUGUGCAAAAGGAGUUGGUGGUGCUCAGCUUGCCUGCUGGACCCCUGCUGGAUUGGGGAACCGAGAAGACGUCAGUGAAGUCCUUCAGACUGAAGACCUGCCGCAGAGGGAUCCACGGGUCAGCUGAUUUUUCCUUUAUUUUUUAGUACUAAUGUGUGUGAUUUUUUUGUUUUAAAAAUAACACCUGUUGGAUUUUCUGCGUAUUUUAAAUUUUUGUAUAGUUUUGAAUUCUAUAUAUCGUUUUGGAAGGUUACUGUGUAAUGAUGGGCCAGGCCUAAAGUCAUUGGAGACUUUUAAUGUAUGUAACAUUUCAUAGACUGCAUGCUAUUAAUAGUAUGUGAGGGUAGUAUUUGUUUUAUCAUAAGUUUCCCCCAUUUAUCUUUUUAUACACUACAAGAUGGUUGGUAGUAGGAAUUCUAAAUGAGUGCAGAAAUCUUACAUGCUACAUAAUAUUGUGGCAAAGAUGAUCCAAGUCUAAAAUCUGCUGACCAGUAGGCAACCAUUUUAUCAGGCUCGAGGGAAUCUUUUUCCUCUUGAAGUGUUUUUGACUUGUGUCCACUCCCUUUUUCCUUAAAAAAAAAGGGGGGGGGGGGUUAAGAGUUUGUUCCCUUUUUUAAAGUAUUACUAUUUGAAAGGCCAUAGGGAUGUAAAUGAAAAUAUACUUCCUUGUUGACGUUAUGGCCUAGGCAAUAAAUUGAAAACCAAAAGUGUCAAUGUGUCAAAAUCUAGACUUGAGAGAUUCAGCCUGCUGUGUUUGAAAUACAUAUGAAACCUUUAAGAUGUCUUGUUCAUUGUUUCCCAUCUUUUGGCUACUUGCUUUCUAUCUUCUCCAGGGGCACCCGCUGUUCCUACAGUAGGGUUAAGGGCCUCCUACUCUUGCUGCAUUCCUAAGAGUCACUGGGUGAGACAUUUUCGUCCCUCCCUUUCUUUUCCCCCUCCUGCCGCUGUUUAUUACCCAGCUGGAGAGACUGUUUUAUGUGUCUUCACAGUGGUCUCUGUAAUGUAGCUCUGCUCCUCAGCAGUCUCUUGAUAUUACUGAAGAUUUUUCUGUUUGAGAGGCAUCAAAAUGAUAGUAGUUUGCUUUUAUCCUCUUAUGCUCAUUUGCUUUUAGCAGGUGACCUUUCUGCAUUAAGAACUGGUACUUUGGUACUUUCUUACCACCUUUUCUCCUCAGUGGAGACAGCAUGGCAUGUCCUGAAGGCCACCUCUCCCUUUGAAAAGUGUUUGAUGGAGGAACUGGCAGGUGGUUGCUACGUCUUGGAAAAGAAUGGGGAUCUGCAUCACUUCCCGUGUGUUCACUUCUGAACUUCUUUGGCCAGGAACUCCUGAUCCUUUUUAAGGUGAUGAUUUCCCUCACAUGAUUUACUUAGAGUCAUAGAAUUUUAGAGCUAGAUGAGAUUUCAGAAAUUUUAGUUCAGUCCCAUUACUGAUGAGGUUUAGAUGUUUCCUUUUCAAAUAACAGCUAGUUAACAAAGGUAGAAUUCCUGACUCAGCGCCUGGUACUCUUUCUACAACGGUCUUAAUUGUGUUGUAUGUUUCUUUUAAAGUUCUACUGGAUGUCUUAAGGAAGAUACUUGAAAAGAUGCUAUGUCUCCAUAAAUACCAUUCAGAGUGUUGUUUAAAGGAGUGGAGUGUACCAUUCAGAGUGUUGUUUAAAGGAGUGUACUGAGUGUAGCCUUAAUUAGUGAAAGUAAUCUUCAUUUUAACCCUUUUAAAACUACACUCAGUACAAAUGGUCUUUUCCAUAAGGUGUACGUAGCUAAAAUGUUACAGUGUCUGGGCACUGGAAAAAGCACAGCACAGCCUUAUUUGAGAGAGCCUUAGAAAACACUUCUAAAACAGGCAUUGCGCUCAUUACCUUAUGUUUAUUUUAUGCUGAUCUUUGUUCCUAUUUCUUGAGAAUCUCAUAAUUCUUUAAAAAAAAAAAUUGACAAAUGACAGGGCCUAGCUGUGUAUAAAUGAUCCUUGCUAAAUAUCUUGAGGUUUUUUGUAAAAAAAUCAAACAAAAGACAAAAAGCUUAUUUUCACAUUAAAAUGGAAACGUCUUUUGCAACUUCAGAAUUCUAUGGAAACGCAGUUUUUAUCAUAUUUGUGUCCAUGCAUCUUUUUCUUAACAAGAUGGUUUACAAAAAAGAAUGUAAACAAUAUGUGACCUGGUCAGUUAUACUUUUAGCUCCCGGAGGGAGGGUUGGUGUUAUGAGUUGAGUAAAAACCCAUGUAGGAAAAUUUGAGGGAGCAGUCUGUUGCCAGUAACGUUUCUUGUGUGUGCCAUUAAACCACCUCCAGAUGAGUUGCGGGAACAUUCACUUUUUAAUUUUGAAAUUGUAUUUCAAAUUAAUUGUUGCUGUGUACUAAGAACUUGGCCUAAAUAAAAUCCUACAAAGUAUAUACAAAUGUCUUGUGAAUGUAUUUCUGCAAGUAACUUCUUUCUUUUCUUU